AUGGGACAGUCUUCUUCCACGGCACGAAAUCCUCCUGAUAUUGGUUCCCCGGAUAAUUCGACCCCGGUCUCGAAUGCGCGCGAUUCUAGAAUGCGCGAUGAAGAUAUGGAUAGUAGGCAACCCCCCGAGCAGAAUAGAGAGGCAGGUCCCUCAUCUACACCGAACAUGAACCUGAAUAAUGGCGUGGACCCGGAUCCGGUCCAAUCGAAUACCCCGUCGGAACCAGGUCCACAGAACAUACCACAGCCCGGAGAGGCACCGCAACAAAUGCGAAGCAUCGAGGAAGAGUUUGUCUCUAGCAUGGAACAAAGUGAACGGGAAUACCGCUCCACACUCAUCAGACGCUUGGCAGCGAGAAGGCAAUCUGCCAUGUCAAGGUUAGGUUCACGAAUACUACCUAACUCUGUGAUCCGUGGUCUCCUCAGUAGUCAAGAAGAGACACCUGCCGAGGGACUUGCGCAUCGACAUGGUUUGGUAUCAAGGACACCACCGAGAUCUGAAUCGGCCCAUAGCAGUGGCCGUUUUAGCCCAUUUAGUGCUAUUGGCUCGCGAGGCAUUCGCCGCCGUUCUACCCGAGGAGGAUAUUCAAUACCACCCCGUGCGGAAUCAACAAUUAUGGCGGAUACUACACCGAACCCAUCAUUCCUCGAUAAUGCCGCCCAACAAUUAUCAUUCCUCGAAAAUGCUGCCCAAGAAUUAUCCGAUACCCAUCGUGCAUCUUGGCGGCGCAGUGCUACUCGAUUCCGGCAUUCCAUAUCGUCACCUAUUUCACAUAUGUUCGGCCAGCCACCAUCAGGUAUCCCAUCACCGCAUGAGAACUCACCUCAUAUAUCACCCGGGUUAUCUAUGAACAACAGCCUACUGCCGAGCAGCAUGGACACCAGUCUUGACUUUGGACAGCCCCUACACGAACUUGAUUCGGUGGAGCCAAGCGUGCAACCAAAUGGGACUACUGGUUUGGGUCAGUCGAAUUCUCCGUCAGCGACAAGGCUUCCCGAUGUUGCUAGUCUUUUGAGAACACGAAGAUCUACCCGGGCAAUACGGAGGGAAGACCAGACGCCUCUCUCUCGGGUACUUCAACUUGCCGCAGCUGCGAUUGCAGCUCAAUUAUCCGGCACUAAUGGGCCACCACUACCAAACAUACAGGCACUGGGAAAUGAUGGAUUAGAUGGUUCCCUAGAAAACUUCAUUCAGAGCCUGCAAACCGCCACGUCUAGUCAGCCACAACCGACUGCACCAGGGGAGGGACCGAGCAACCCCGUCAAUGAAGGGCCAUCGCCUCCAGUAAAUUUCCUCCGAGUUUUCAGAUUUGCCAAUUCUGAAUCUCCGCUAGGGGCUAACCAACCCGGCCGAAGCUCUACUGGUUCUGAGAACCAGGCGCCUCAGUCUGAUGGAAUGUCAAUAGACGAGCCUGCGGAAACAGGAGAAGGGCGUAUGGUUACUUUGGUCGUUGUUGGUGUCAGAUCAGUGCCAGCGGGAAGCGGCGGUAACAGCGAACAAGGACCACCAGGUCCAGGGGGCCCAGCAGGUCCAGGACUUGACGCUCUUCUUGGCAUGCCUUUCCUGCCACCAAAUGCUAUGCAUCGACCUCCGGAUGUACCUGGCGAUGGACCCUCAAGAUUGCAUCUACCACCACGCGGUCCGGGGGCUGCAGGAUCCCCGACAUCUGCUAUUCCUGAUUUCCUACGCCACCCAGGGUCAAGUACAAACCCAUCUACUCGACUGUCUGAUCCACUCCGUCGCCCUAGUAUCCCCAGUUUCCCCCUUUCCGCACUAUCUGAAAGCCCCCCGGGCCCUCAUCCUCCACCAUCGACACCCGCUGAUCAGGGAUUAUCGGCUGUCUCAUCCGGCACCUCGACUCCGAGCCGACGGCCGUCGUCUGCGUCGGCUAUGUCGCCCAGUCUAUUGCCUCAAUUGCAUGAAAAUCAAUCUAUGCAUCCGGCCGUGGAAUCGACCGAAGAUUCUAUACCACCACCGAGUACUGCGCGCCAGCGUCGUCGAAGCGACUCUGAGUUCGCUCGCCAUCGCGCCCUCGGCUCUGGAUCAGUCCGUCGCAACGGCGUUGUUGAACCUGACCAGCCUCCGCCAAGCGGAGGCCGCAGCUGGCUGAUCUAUGUUGUCGGAACAAAUCUCUCGGAAAACCAUCCUGCUCUUACUACCCCAAGUCUCUUCACUGAUAACCCCACAUAUGAAGACAUGAUUCUUCUUUCAUCACUACUGGGCCCAGCCAAGCCUCCGGUUGCUAGUCAAGCGGACAUCAACUCAGCAGGUGGUCUCUUUCGACUAGUUGAAUACGGUGGCUCCUUGGUCGCAGAAUCUUUGAAUGAUGCCGGAAACAUCCAGAUUCAAGAUGGAGAGCGUUGUUUGAUCUGUCUGAGCGACUACGAGGUGGCCGAAGAAGUCAGAGAGCUUGUUCAGUGCAAGCAUGUGUUCCAUAAGGACUGCAUCGAUCAGUGGUUGACUACUGGAAGAAACUCGUGUCCUUUGUGUCGAGGCCAAGGCGUCAAUGAAAAAGCCAGCCCUGAUGAACCUACCCCCUCUGAUCCUGCUGCGCCAGCACCAGCUCCAGCUCCCGGUCCUACAAGCACACCGAUUUGA